UCUCUCUCACACACACACACACACACACACACACACACACACACACACACACACACACACACACACACACACAGUCUUUCUGCACUGCUAGAUCUUGGAGCGCAUCCUGUUCUAAAGCAAAGGCUAAAGAAAACGCGGAAGGGCGAGAUUUCCAACACCAGCCUUAUCGCAGCCUAUAUGAACUGGUGCUGGACGAGUUGAAGGUGUUGACUCUGUGGAUGAUAUUGUUUUUGUGGAAUGAAGUGGGGUAACACACAGCAGAGAGGGAAAAAUCUGCACUGCUAAAGCCCAGGAGUGGAUCAGAACUGUGCAUUAGUGCAGAACUGUUCAGCCACUGCACACGCAAUUAUCAUAUAAUCUUUUCUACAAUGAUGGUCGUGGAGGACAUUGAUUAUGACAAUAUCUCUUAUGAAUAUCUGGAGUAUGGGGACUUUGAGGAGAAAGGAGAAACUUAUGUCCAGAAGGAAACUCUGCAUAUUAUUUCUGUGGUGAUCUACAUUUUAGCAUUUGUGAUUGGUAUAAUUGGGAAUGGCAUUGUGAUCUGGGUCACUGCUUUCAAAAUCAAAAGGACAACUAACAGUGUUUGGCUGCAGAACCUUGCUAUUGCAGAUUUUGUGUUUGUCCUUUUCCUACCAUUUUCCAUUGAUUAUGUGCUGCGUGAUUUUAAUUGGAUCUUUGGCUGGACAAUGUGCAAGCUGAACUCUUUUGUGUGCACAGUGAACAUGUAUGCUAGUGUGCUGUUCCUCACUGUGCUCAGUCUGGACCGUUACAUUUCUCUCGUGCACCUUACUUGGUACCAAAGGUUCCGUACCGUGCGACGGGCCUGGAUUAUCUGUGCAUUGACCUGGGUGAUGUCCAGCCUCCUAAGCAGUCCAGCACUAAUAUUUAGAGAAACACUACAGUAUAACAAAAAGGUUGUGUGUUUCAACAACUUCCAUAAUGAGGAUGCACAUGUUAGGAAGGUGAGACACAUUUCUAUGGUGACUCUCCGUGCCACAGUUGGCUUCCUCCUGCCGUUCCUCACCAUCAGUGUGACUGCAAUAUUAUUGACUGGUAAGAUGAGGCAGUUUGGCAAUGUACGCUUCUCCAGCUUCUCUAAAAUGAUCUCAGCAGUUGUCGUGGCCUUCUUCCUGUGCUGGGCGCCAUUCCACACCUUUAGCCUUAUGGAGCUCACGAUGCACCACUCAAUCUUUCUGGGUCACGUCCUGAAUGUGGGCUUCCCUCUGGCCACCAGCCUGGCUUUCUUCAACAGCUGCAUCAACCCAAUACUCUAUGGGCUGUUGAGUAAGAAUGUGCGGGCAAUUAUCAAAGGUUCCUUCAUAAGCAUUACUAAGAAGUCACUGAGAGAGCUAAGCAACAACCUAUCUGCCACUGAGACUGUUUCACUUCCACCCAGCUGCUCACCCGAAGAACCCUCUGCCUACAGUACUGUUUGAAGGACAAGAUCUAAAACAUCAGUAAACAAACUUCUUGUACAUUUGUGAUUUGUGAAGAGUUGUAUUUUACAUAUGUACAUGCUUAAGAUAUCUGAUCAUAGAGAAAAAUAAUAAUUUGUUACUACAUAAUUUAUAUGUGAUACGUUUGCAGAAGAAUAUUGCACAAGGAUUUUAAACAGAACUUCUCUUUUAUUCAUCCAAGAAGCAAACCAGGGCGUUUUUUAUAAUUUGCUUUCUUUGGAACUGGUCUUGUUUGGCUGCCCGUGUAUAAUGACUAUCAAUUUCUCAGAGUGGAAAACAUGAGCAAGUUGUGUCCCAACCACCUCUCCCAGACUUGGUGAAAGUAGAAACCAAACAUUUUCUCCAUUACAGCCCUGUGAUGACCCUCAUUACACAAACAAGACACAAUUCAGGAAAGAAACUAUAUUUAUUUCUAUAUUUGAAUAAUAUUUAAUAUUUUUACUUGACAGAAUUGACCGCAUGGUUAAUCUUUCAUUUACCAUUGGUUAUUUUUAAAUAAAGAUUUAAUUAAUUAUUGACUUCAAAAUAUUUGAGGUAACUCUCCAGCAUGAUUUCUGUUCUUUUUUCCUGUCAGGUUAGAUGUGGCUCAUGACAAACAAAAAAAAGAAUUCUCUUGUUUUUGUCUUUAAUUUGAAACAAUAUUUACAGCAUAUUUAAACCUAUUUUAGCACCUUUGGACUAUUUACUUUAGAUGUUUGUAAAGAAACGUAUGAAUAAGAGACAGAAUUAAAAUAUUUUGUAUAAAAUAAUUUUACACGCAAAGAGCAAAUUUUGGUUUGUAGCUGCUGAUUUGCUUUGUCUUAAUAAAUUUACUACUAAAAAUAUUCUAA